AUGACGAUUUGGAAGGAAUCUCUGCUCUACUAUGAUCGUCUUAUUCCUAUGAGAUCGGGUAAGUGGGAUCUUCGGCAGUUAUUUUUGCCCUUCUUGUACGACAUGUCCGAGUCUGGAUUGAGAGCGCGCGUUUUGAAGCUAUCUUCAGGUCAACGGAACGAGAACAGCGAGAACGGCGGGAGUGAGAACAAAACUCUGAACCUUGAUAUUACUAAAUUCACUUCUGUGACACGUGAUGGUGGUGCCUUUGUCAAAUUCAAAGUCCCAGAUGGAAUGGCUGUCUCGGAAUUUAAUAAGCAGAUCAUGGAUAACGUUGCCCAGCGUGCCAGCGGUAGCUUUCUGGACAAAUUAACUCAUCCACGUUGUUUCCCAGUGAAAGGAACUCCCUGGAUUGAAGAUUUGGCCCGUUUUCCUAGCUCUCAGCUUAAAGUUGAAUUUGAAGGACCCGAUCUAACGCAGGAAAACAUUUAUGCUCUAUUCAGACGAUAUGGCCCUAUAUCAGAUAUCGAUCCACCGUCACCUGACUCCAAAUCUGUUCCUCGCCAUGCCAUCAUUACAUUUCAUAAUACACGUGCUGCAGUUACAGCCAGGCAGUGCCUUAAUGGACUUCAAGCAGGUGACACUAUGCUACAUAUCCAGUAUCGGCGUAUCAUGAAGGAGAAUGCGGUCUUCGAGUUUAUUGGUGCUCAUUCUAGAAUUUUCAUUCCAUUAUUUUUGGCUUUACUCGCCGGAUUCGCCGUGGUUAUCUUCGAUCCUAUCCGUAGUUUCUUCGUAUCAGAGAAGAUCACUUCUGAUUAUUCAUUCAAAAAGAUGAAGAUUUAUCAGGAAAUCAUGAGGAAGUUCUCCUCUACGAAGCGUAAAAUGUCAAGAAUUCUAUCUCUCAAUUCAGGAAUGUCUGAAGAUGACGAGGGCUGGAACUCCAUUGAGGGUCUGAGGGAGGAAAGAGACGAGAAGGCUAAGAGCAUUAAUAUAUGUUUGGAAGAGAACGUGAACUCGUUUAUUGUGGUUCAGGGACCACCUGGAUCAGGUAAGCGUAGCUUAGUACAAGAACAGGCUCUUAAAGAUAGGUCGAAUGUUUUAUAUAUCGACUGCGAACGUAUUAUCAAAGCCAGAAACGAGAGCGACUUUAUCAAAAACACAGCCAGUGAGAUCGGUUACUAUCCAGUUUUUCCCUGGCUUACGCAAAUGUCUUCCUUUACAGAUCUCGUCGUUCAGGGACUUGCCGGACAGAAGUCUGGUAUGAGUGAGACUAAAGAGGGUCAAGUUAAGAACAUGCUUACACUUGCUGCCAACGUGAUCAGAGAUGUGGCCAUGAGAAACUACUCGUCUGAUGAAGGGGAGCACCACCUUAAAGAGGAAGACUAUCUUCGUCAGAACCCCGAUGCCAAACCUGUCAUUGUCAUCGAUAGAUAUCAGGCAGCACGUAAUAGUCACGACUCGAACGCCUUUGUGUAUCAGGCGUUAGCGGAAUGGGCCGCUAGUCUGGUGACUCUUGAUAUUGCGCACGUGAUUUUCAUAACGGACGAUGUGGGAAGUGUUCAAAAGCUUGCCAACAUCAUGCCAAGUGCACCUUUGAAGAGAACGAUUCUUUCCGAUGCAACGCAUUCUGCUGCGGAGAAUUAUGUAUUGAAAAAGCUUAGUAGACCUGCUAAUGGUGCUGACGGCGAAGAAAAAGCUUCUGAGAAGCGUCCAUCCGAUACUAAAGAAUUGUUUAUGUAUAUAGAUAGAAUGGGAGGUCGCAUGUUGGAUCUCCAGAUGUUUGUGAGGCGCAUUCAGAGUGGAGACAGCCCAUCUGAGGCAUUCGAGGGUCUAGUGAAUCAGGCCAUUGAACAGCUUACUCAGAAGAUGAUGCAACCUAAGGAUGACAGUUACAACAGUUCACAAGUUUGGUGUUUAAUCAAAUUGCUUGCCAAAAAUGGUACAGUUACAUUUACGGAUUUGCAACUACUCCCGUUGUUCAAAUCCCACACAAAUACACUCUUGCAAAGCAUUGAGAAUGCAGAGGUUGUUAGCUUGAUUAGAAACAGAGGUGUUAUUGUGGAGGUUCAACCUGCCAAGCCAUUGUACGAAGCCGCCUUUCAAGAGAUGAUUUCUCAACCAACCAUUUUCAAUUCGAUAGAGUCUGAUUAUUUGAAAACGUUGAUCUCUCAAGAGGCAGCUAAAGUUAUGAAGAUGGAAGAAGAUGUGGCAAAUUACAGAGGAAUUGAAAACAGCAAGAUUUUUAGAGACAGAUUGGACUAUUUGUCUCAUAAGAUCAAUACCAGCACUAAGAGCAUUGCCACUUGGGAAAAGGAGCUUGCAUCACUUUCACUCCCGGACAAGAAGUAG